UGUGACCUGCUGCUCCAAAUAUAACUUCUUGUCAUAUAUAAGCAUAAUUUUUUCGAGUGAUUGUCAUCAGUUGCACUCAAGUAUUCUUUGCUACACGACCUCAAUAAUUUCUCCGGGAGAACGAUGAAAGUGAUCGCUGUGGUGUGUCUGUUCUUCCUCGCAGCAGAAGCCAAAAUUCCCACGCAUGAAGUGCCGAUACCCAUUCCGAUGCCCACUCUAGACAUCAAGCAUGUGGAACACAAGAUAAACACCGUGAAGGAGGUGAAGGUACCGGUCAUAAAGAAAGUCCCAGUGGAAAAUACCGUCGAACAUAUCAAGGAGAUUCCAUAUAUCAAAAAUGUCCCUGUGCCGAAUGAAGUUAAGGUGUUCCGUGACGUGGAGGUUGUGCGGGAGGUACCGGUGGAGAAAAUUAUCCGCAAACGUGUCGAAGUACCGGUGGAGGUGGUGAGGGAAAUCGAACUGAUCCGCGAGGUACCCGUAGUGAAGGAGAUCCCCCACGUGAAGAUCGUCAAACUGAUCAAGGAGGUUCCGGUGGAGGAAAUUGUUUACAAAGAUGUGUACGAGCUGGAAACGAACGCGGUGAAGGUCCCGGUUCAUGUUCCUGUUAUCACGGAAAAGGUGGAAGCCAAGCCUUCGAAGUUUUCGAGUUUCUUAAACUUUCAUGGUUUUCUUGGAUAAGUUAGAAUAAAUAAAUGUUUUGAACUCACCGAUA